AGUAUAUGAAAAAUUAAAUAUUUGGCUCAUUUUGAAAUACCCGAUAAAUGAAAAAAUUUAACGAUUUAUUUGACAGGUAUCUAUCUGUCAAUGGUGGUUAUCCUUAUACCAUGGUUAAAAGUAUUACAGUACUGUAACCUACCCCAUCCAGGAAAAAUCAAGCUCCAUAAGAGGACAAAGCAUAUUGAUUUUGAAAAAACUAAAUAAAAAUGGGGGUUAAGGUUUAAAAUUAAAAAAAAAAUCAUAAAUCAAAAACGCAAAGCAAUAUCAACAUGAACUUUUUAGUAAAAAUCAAGCUCUAUAAGAAAAUGAAGCCUAAUGUAAAACCUUGCUAAUAUAACAACUUACCUGUAGACAAAAAGCGACACUCCAAAUAUAGAAAUUUACAGCACUAACUUUAGAAAAUGUUAAAAACCACAAUGGCGUCAAAGAAGCUGUUGAAAAUUUUACCCCUCAACAAAUAAACAUUUACGCAGGCGCACCUAAAAAUAAAACCGUGCGACAGCUGUGGCCAUCUAGUGGUUGAUAGUUAUUUUACACAAGUUUACAGUUAAUAAAUUCUUAAAAUCAGACGAAUAUCUGCAGGAAUCCAAAAUAGUUAAUUUAUAAUUUUGAAAUGGAGGGAGAAGAAACAGAUCUUACAGAAAAUGUAUCAGAAAAUGAUAUUAAUAAUCUUGAAUCAGAAGUUAAAAUUGCAAAACAGGAUUUAAAAGAAUUGGCCAAUUAUUUAAAAACUCAAGAACAAGAAAAGAGCUCACAUGAAAUGAAUAUCGAUGAAUUGAAACAAAGUACUAAUUUUUAUCGCACACAAAUAAAAAGAAUGACCAAGAGAUUAAUCUAUUCAAAAAAAAUUUUUACUAAAUUUGAUCUUGCUUUACAAUGUUAUAAAAGACUCAUUGAGAUUUAUGAUGAAACCUUUAAACUACCAAAUGAUUUGAUCCUAAACUAUUCUAGUAAAAUGAAAGAAAAUGCCUCCAAAGAAAUCCUACACGAGAUUGAAAAAACUAAAAUCCGUAUUCAGCAAAAUUUUGAUCUAUUUAACGAUUUAUUAUCCACUGAAUUAUCUGGAAUAAAAGAUGAUUGAAAUCAAAAUAUUUUAAUGAAAUGAAACAAUUUUUUUCUGUCAAUUAAAUUUAUAAAAAAAUGUAAACAGCAUCUUCUGUGAUCAGAAGAUUCAGAAGUCAUGACUUGAUACGUUGAGUUUGGGUAACUUCAUCUGUAACGUAAACUUCUAACAUAUAUCAGGAUUACUGUUAUUUUGGGAAUUUCACUCAUCAAGUUAUACCAUCUAGUAGAUCUCAUAGAGACGAACGCAGUGAUGUUGAUAACUCAAAUUCAGUAAAAUGUCGACAUAUCAAGCUAUGACUUCUUACCACAGGCUACAAACUUAUAUUGUUAUUGAAUAAUGUGAAAAAGUAUGCAUUCUAAAUAUUGUAACCUAAGUAAAAACUAUUCAAAAUAGCUAUUUUUAAUCUCUGAUUUCAUAUAAUGGCUCGUCUUUAGUCAUUGAUUUGUUUCUAAAAUUUGCUUUUCUAGUUUUUCUCUAGAAUAUAUCAAAUCAGAUUUUAAGGUAUCUGAUUUUUCUUUUGUCCUUCUUAUUUCUUCUUCUAACCUUUUUUUUCUUUCUCUCAAUGCACAAGCUAUUAUGGGCUUGACAUCUACUUCACCAGUAGUUGGUCUCCUAAAAUAAAAGUAUUUUACUUCUGUAAUUCUUUUAUAGAUAAUUAGUAGAUACAGAAAAAUAUGUACCUGCGUUUACAAGUU